AUGGACGACAUGAUGAUGAUGCACGGCACGCCGUGGUUUGACAGUCCUAUCACACUGGAUGGCUCCCGCGAGUAUGAGUGCGAGUUCAACACGACGUGGCAGUGCGAGUAUCAGACUGGAUACUGGCAUUUCUGGUACGAAGCAGACCACCGAUAUGCGCUGCCAACCGUGGCUUUCUUCAUGACAGCCAUCAUCCUCUUCGCCAUCGGCUUCAUCCUCACGGAAUUCACCCCAAAGAGCACAAUGCGAUCAAGACCCGUCCGGAGAGUAAUGGCGCGCCUACGAUGGCUAUCCUACCGAAGCUGGCGCAUCAACGCCCUGAACUGGAACUCCGCACCCCUCGGUAUCCUCCUCCUCGGCGGCGCAGGCUUGAUCUACUUCCUCUCCAUGACUCUCGGACCCAAGCCUUACUACUGGCCCAACUACAACGGCAGCGAACCCAGCUACGGCAGCUCCAUGCCCAUCGCGACCCGCUCUGGCUGGCUGGCGACAGGCUGCUUGCCCUUCGUCAUCAUGACCGCCGGCAAGAGCAACCUCAUCUCGAUGGUCACCGGCGUGUCGCAUGAGAAACUUCAGGUCUUCCACCGCUGGAUCUCGUAUGCUAUGUUUGUGCUGGCGCUGAUCCAUACGUUCCCGUUUAUCGUGUAUCAUAUUCGCAUUGGCGAUAUGGUGGAGCAGUGGGAUACUUCGAUCUUUUACUGGACCGGGGUUGUUGCGCUGCUGGCGCAGGCUUGGUUGACGUUUGCUUCGUUUGGGCCGUUGAGGAACUUCUGCUACGAGUGGUUCAAGUUCUCGCAUUUCCUGGCCGCUCUUAUCUUUUGCUUGUUCUUCUUCUUUCAUUGCGACUGGACGUUGACAUCUGCACAAUACUUCGUGGUCACCGUCGUCCUCUUCGCCGCCUCGUGGCUGCACCGUCAACUCCGCAUCUACCUCCAAUACGGCGUCAACCACCGCGCUACCCUCAGCAUUGCCGCCAACGGCUUCAUCCGAGUCAGCGUGCCGACUCAAGCAAGAUGGAAGGCAGGACAACACUUCUUCGUCCGAUUCAUGUCCCUCGGUCUGCACGCAUUCACGAUUCAUCCCUUCACGGCAUGCUCGCUCCCGAGCCGAACAUCUGGAGCGGAGUCGGAAUUGGUCUUCUACAUUCGACCACAGGGAGGAUUCACAGCCAAGUUGGCAAGAUACGUCGAGGCGCACCCAGAGAGCCAGAUGCGUGUCAUUCUAGAUGGCCCGUACGGCGGCAUCGACAUGCAGAAGUUGGCAGCGUGUGAUCGCAGCGUGGUCAUUGCUGGUGGAUCAGGCGCUGGCUGGAUCCUGCCUCUCAUUGCCGCCUUCCUUCGACGGUUGCAGACGCAGACGGUCGAGAAGCAAAGCAAUCUGUCGCUGCGAGUCAUCCUGGCCACGCGAGACCUGGCGACACAAACCUGGUUCGAAAAGGCCGUCGCCCAGGAACUCGCCGCCUGCCCUGUCGAUACCCUCGCCGGUGCCAACCUCAGCGUCGAGAUGUACUACACCGGCUCGUCUCAAAACGCAGAAGCACCCAAACUCACAGGCCAAUUCCUCCAAAAACUCAACGAUCCCGAAAAGGGACCCGAGAUCUCCGCGCCUGAAGUGUCUGAAACUUCCAAAUCCGACUCUGAAGGAAGCCCCAAACCCGCUGGUCGACCAAAGUGCAUCCAGCAUGAAGUCAAUCGCCCCAACUUGCCUUUGAUCAUCGCCAAGGAGAACGAGGUCCAGGCGAAUGAGAGGACGCUGGGUGUUUUCACGUGUGGCCCGCUGAGCAUGCAGAAUGAUGUCGCGAACGCAGUUGCGAAGAGACAGUUGCACAUUGUCAAGGAGGGUGGCUCGAAGGAGAUCUAUCUGCAUAUGGAGCACUUCUCGUGGGCUUGA